AUGGCAGACAGCAAGAUGAUGAACGAGGAAGCGUCCGAGUUUGGCCUCGCCGAGCGCGACGACGAGGACGACGGCAGCAGCGGGCGCGUCGACGCGGGCAAGAUGCUGCAGGCGCCCGCCUUGGCCCAGCAGACCAACGAGAUCUUGACAGAUGCAUCACCGGCCGUCUACGCCACGCACCCGGACUUUACAAAGCUCACGCCGCUCGCCGGAUCUGCGCCGUUGCCGGAAGACCUCGAGGCCGCCAAGGCAUGGCUGCGCGACUGCCCCGUCACCGCCAAGGAGUGGGUCAUCUUCCGGGCGCAGCCGGGCUUCGAAGAUGACCCACUCCUUGGCCACGUCCGGGCGCAGCCGGGCUUCGACGUGGCGAUGGCGGCUAUCCAGGAGCUGCUUGCCACCAUUGUGCUCACAGAUGGCUUCAAGGUGAGCGACGCCGAUGCGUCCAUGGCCCGCGGGACCCACCUCUUCACAAAUGAACCCAUCUUCGCGCGCAUGCAGCUGCGGGUCGUAAAACUCGGCUUUUGCCGCAAAUAA